AUGUCUCAAUUUUCUUCAAUCAACCUAGCUAUCAUACAACACCUGUCACAGAACCCAGCUAUCAUACAACACUUGUCACAGAACCCAGCUAUCAUACAACACCUGUCACAGAACCCAGCUAUCAUACAACACCUUUCACAGAACCUAGCUAUUAUACAACACCUGUCACAGCACCUAGCUAUUAUACAACACCUGUCACAGGACACAGCUAUUAUACAACACCUGUCACAGCACCUAGCUAUCAUACAACACCUGUCACAGGACACAGCUAUUAUACAACACCUGUCACAGCACCUAGCUAUUAUACAACACCUGUCACAGGACACAGCUAUUAUACAACACCUGUCACAGAACCCAGCUAUUAUACAACACCUGUCACAGGACACAGCUAUUAUACAACACCUGUCACAGAACCCAGCUAUCAUACAACACCUGUCACAGGACACAGCUAUUAUACAACACCUGUCACAGGACCUUGAUGUUAUACAACACCUGACACAGCACCUAGCUAUCAUACAACACCUGCUACAGCACCUAGCUAUCAUACAACACCUGUCAUAA